GACCUCUAUAGCCAUGACCUGCAAGACCGUCAUCAUCCUCUGCUUCGCGCUGUUCGCAGCUGCUGUGGCGACGAGCCUCUACACCGACGAGCAGAUCGCCGACCUGGACGGCCGCAUCGCCACGUGCCUGCAGCGCCUGCCCGCCGGGCCCAGCGACGCCUGCCGCGUCAGUGCGGGCAUCACGCCCAUCAAGGAGCAGGGCGCCAGGAGGGAGUACCGCGUCGAGCCCAUCGUGGAGUGCCUCGUCGACGCCGGCAUCCCCCAGGGACCGGCCCUCAAGUCGGCCAAGUACUGCCUCACCCUGAGCCUGUGGAGGCCCAUUUAAACAGUGUGCCAAUGCCGUGCCCUGUCUGAUGUUACAGAAAUAAACGAACCUGUCUGGACUC